GAAAAACGAAAACCGUACGUUAAUGACGGCAUAUCGGUACUCUGUAGCAACUUCGGCCGCGCUACGUUCUUCGAAAAUCAUAGACAAAUCAUAGAGGUACUACGUGAAUGAACGAAAUAGUGAAAUGAAUGAAUGUAUUGGUUGGGCUUUCAAGUUGCUUAUCGGUAAAUUACCGGUUUUAUUAAAACAUUGCAUAUUAUCAUUUUUACGUAAAAUUAAAAUGCGCUGUUUGUUUUUAUGUACAUUAAACUGAUUUAUUUAAAUAAUUUUUCAUGCAGAGACGUUUAAAUUACAAAUUUUUGAUAAAAUCAAAAUAUUUCUACUCUACUUUUUUCACUAUGGUAGUCUGUGACUUUCUGUCAAAGAGGCUCAUAAAAAAAUCAAACACAAAACAAAGUUAAGUUGAAGUUGAACGCGCCAAAGUUAAUUUCUUUCUACCAUGGCUGGGUCUGGGAACUGCAGCACAGAGCAGAUUCAAGAGCUCUUGGAGUUUUUAUUUGAGCACCAAGACCUCGCGCGCGGUCGUAUGAGGAGCGUAGAUGGGAGAGCGCGAAGCAAUCGCCUGUGGCAGGAAAUCGCCCAAAAGCUGAAUGCUUUGGGGGGCUGCGCGAAAACAGUCUCGCAGUGGAUGAAGGUGUGGGCCGAUAGAAAAUACCUGGCCAAAAAGGCCGCUGCGGCAGUGAGAGUGCAGCAUUCAGGCACAGGAGGUGGCCCGUCUACUGCUCCUCAACUGGCGCAAUGGGAGCUGAAAGUGCUGGAGAUAAUGGGGGAAGGAUUUGGUGGCCCCAUAUCUACCGCGAGGGUCCCAGCUUUCCCAACACCUGAGCUGAACACUCCGGCAAUAGUUAACUCAGUUAACUCGGCUUCUGGUAGCUCAUCUCAGGACCACCGCCCGCCCACAGCCAGCAUCAUUUCAGAGCUGUACACUGCACCAGCUUUAAAUUCGGCCACUGCCGGCUCCUCGGACCUCCACCCACCCACUGCCAUUAUCAUUUCAGAGAAUAACACAACUGAAAAUGACAAUGCUGCCAGCACUCCUUACACACGUCCCACUGCAAGGCGGAGGUUAAUACAAACAAGACCUAGCAGGGAACAGUCAUUCAGGGUGCGGAUGCAGGAUCUUGAAGAACAGAAGGUCAAGGAGCUGACAAAUAUCAGAGAAUCAUUGCAAGAACUGGUUUCAAUAGCAAAAAAUUUGUUUGAAAAACCUUGA